AUGUGCUCCAAGCACGCAAAGACGCCUCUAGAAGCGGAACUGCGGCGGCAGCGGAAUGCGCUGAAAGCAAUCAGCAAUUUCGUUCGCAACCUUCAAAAGUGUUUGCGCUGUACGUCGCAGCAGCAGCAGCAGCAGCAGCAGCAGCAACAGCAGCAGCAGCAGCAGCAGCGGCAGCAGCAGGAGCAGCAGCAGGAGCAGCAGAAACAGCAGGCGGAGCAGCCGUUUUGUUUCGCGUUUCAGCGUCAUUUAGAAGAUUGGGAGAAAAGCGGGAAAGCACUGCGUGGAGGCAUCAGCGGCUACUUCUAUGAUAAGCCGGCGUACCAGCGCCCAGUAGAAGAAAUCAGUGCAGCACUAAAGGCUAGCUGGAGAAAGAAAGAUGCAGAGAAAAAACUACACAAAAAAGAAGCGGUUUUGAGGAAACUGCAGCAAAAAGCAGAAAGCGGAAAAGACCUACAGGCGGGCCCCAAGGUUAAGAAUGCUCUGGAUGCUAUGCUGCUGUUUUUAUGUGGCUCUGGGGUAGACGUAACAGAGGUGAGGGCCUCGAUUAGGUUGCUGCAGGAGACGCAAUACAUAUCUCCGCUUACUCAUCCCCACAUGCAGCAGCAGCAGCAGCAGCAGCAGCAGCAGCAGAUACAGCAGCAGCAGCAUCUGCUGCAGCAGCAGCUAUCUACAAGCAGCAAAGCAGAUAGACAGCAGCAGCACUGCAGCAGCAACAGCCCCCGCAGCACCAGCCCCCCAGAACCCCUAAGGAGGACCCCUUCUCAGCUCUCCCAGGCCCCCAGCCCCUCCCCCCCCGUUUCAUCUAUAAUAACACCAAACGCCCAACAAAUUAAAAAAACAGACAGCCAGCAGCAGCAGCUUGCUGCUGCUGCUGCUGCUGCUGCUGCUAACAACAACAACUCACUACGCCUCAACUCAUCACCCACCAACCCAUUCGCCUCAGACUAA